AUAGAGAUGGGGAAAUCUUAGUUUCAACCAACGGUUUCAACACACCUGAUUCCGGUUGUAGUACGUGUGUGAGAGCUGAUUUUCCACUGUGGCCUAUGUCUCGCCUUCCCCUACUCGUCUCGACCAGUUCAUAAGGUUAUUCGUUUAUAAAGGAUGUUGGCAGCUUUCCAGCGGUUACGAGAACCACCUUAUGGUGACGGAGAGUCCAGGAAUCUCAUGGGAUUUGAUUAUUGAUGUAUGAUAUAGGUUAGACUUCAGAGAAAGAACUAAAAUGGCUUCUGAUGAUCAUGCACCUGCUGUCAAAUUGGAAUCUCUUGAUCACAUUCUUCAAGAUCGAAGCUAUUUACAUUUGUCAGAACUACCUGAAGGAUUAUACAAUGAUGGCCAAAAUUGUAAUCAAAAUACAUCUUCGGAGAAUGGUGACAGUGAUAUAGACAUAAAGAUAAUUAAUACAUUCUCAUUGGCAAAUACCAAACCCCAUAUCAAGGAAAAAAGACGAAAAAGAAGAUCACUUGAUAGUUAUGCAUCUGUAAUUAAUAAGGCAAUUAAACUUGAUCAUGUUGAUGACUUUACAUUCACUUCAUUCAAGUCCGAAGAUAUUGCGAAUUGUUUUGAUAAAUCUGUUGGUGAAUUUUUCGAUGAUGAUGAAAUGGACUGUCGAUGGUUGGACCUACGUUUAAUGAUUUCUUACAAGUGUCAGUCAAGCAAUGGAGUUCAACCUAUGUUAGAGCCAGAUUUACGAAGUAUUAGAAAAAAACAUGGAUAUCGUGGGAUUAACCAAAAGAUAAAACCAUUUGAUAGAAUACUUGCUGAUAAUUUGAUAGAAGAGGAUCUAGUUAGUGAUGAUGAUGAUGAUGAUGAUGAAAUUUCAAGUGUUCAGGAAGAGGCAGAACCAGAAGAGACUGUGGAUAAAACUUGCGAUGUGGCUGAUGAAGAAGUUCAACUCGAAACUAGCAUAAUAAAUCCACAACCAAAAUCAUCCCAGCAUGUUGAUGAAAUUGAGUGCAAUACUAUUGAUCAUCACUGGGAGAAUGUAGUUGAGCAAGAUGCAAAAUGCACCAACAUUUCUGCCAGAAAAGAAGUUUCGAAUAAUGUUUUUAUGAGCAAAGAACUAGAUGAAUUAUUACAAAAAGAAUCCAGCAACUCACAAAAACAAUUAUUUCGAGUGGAAACUGUUAAACCUUCUCCCACUGAGAUUAAAUAUCAAACUCCUACCUCACAAUCCAGUUAUAUUAAAACAUUGCAAUCUGCUCUUGAAAGAAGAAAGGCUUUAGAUACGAAAAUGAAUUGUUGGAUCACACCACAAAAUUACUGGGAUUUGGUAAAAGAAAAGCGUAGUCAAGCACUUGGACAAAAGCUUGAUGCAACCAUUGUUCACGAUAGCAGUUUCAAAUCUUUGAAUACAUUAUCAGGAAAUACCGAUGAUUUGUCCACGCAUUGUGAAAAGUCACCACCGUUCUUGAAACUAAUACUCCACUCACAAGCCGAACAUGCUUUAAACGCUUUAAGCAAAAAUGAUAUUUCAGAUUGUAUAGCUGGAAAGUCUACUUCUGUGGAAUUUUCCACAGUGGGAAAGGCAACAUGGCGCAAGUUACCUCUUGUUUACAAGUCAAAAUCUGUAGUAUGCAGUCCUGCCAUUAAUGAAAUUACAAACAGUCCUGAAUCAUCUACAACAAAUAAAAGAAAAAUGUUUGAAUCAAAUAACUAUAUUCCAAAUAAAUUCAGUAAACUGGAGUCUGCCAGAAAAUUUAAUCUCGCCAGUUUUCGCAAAUCUCUGAAAAAACAAGGCCUUGGUAAUAAUUAUUGGAAUCCAAAUCAAAAGCUAUCGGAGAACAAACAACGCAAUAAUGUUAAAAUUGCGCCAUCAUGUAAGAACGGCCUUGGUAAUUCAUCGACUGAGGAGGAAAAAACUGUAAUAAAAAAGUCCAAGGAGCAGUACAAUGGGAACAUGAGUAUCGCAGAAACUGCCACAAAGCUUUUGAAGAGAUCCAAUGAAUCUAGCCAAGAAAGUGGGCCAUCCUUCGUAAAUGAUGAAGGUGGAAUUGUGAUAAUAGAAUCAUCUGAUGAGUGUGAUCAGGAUCAUCAGACAAUCGAAAAGCAGAAUCAAACUGUUUCACAUGGUGAUAGUAUUUUGAGAGACAUUUGGGAGCUAUUUACUAUUGUCCAUUUUCCCUCAAUUCAAGGGGCUGAUGAUUACAAUACAACUUGGCUUGGAACCACAAGAGUAUUCAAAAUUCUUUCGCACUGUGAAGAUUGGCUUAAACAUAGAGUUCUGAUAGUGAGGGCAAUUUUGGGAAUGGAUCUUAAUUUAGAAAAACAUGAUGCCUGGUACAUUGCAACCGAUGUGGGAGACUAUUUUAUAGAGGUUUUAAAUCGAGCAAGGAAUGUGGAAGAUUGUAGUUCGAUCUUGCCUGAUGACAUCUUGGAUAUAGCAAAGAAUCUCCAAAAAGAUAAUCGCUUAACGAUGACAUUGGUUCAAAUUUACAAACGAAAAGUGAGGGAUGCAGUGUUAGGCAAUGGAAUCAAAUAUUGUGUUCAUAAAGGAUGGAGGCAAAUGCAUGAACUUGACCGAGAACAACUUUUCAGUAGACAGCAAACUGAACAAAAUGUGCCUGAUAUUUUGGGAUUUUCUGAUGCAGAGAAGGCAGAAUCUGGAGAGAAGAAAUUCUACCUCAAGCUGUUGCGUGCUGGCCAACAACUCAAAAUAUCUGUAGAUAUUACAAAACUGACUAUUGUAGGGCAAAAAAUAAUGACAUCUACUCAUGAGGAUAUGACCUGUUCAGGUAAUGAAGAAGACUCCACAUUAGAUAGUGAACCCCCAAAUAUUUUAUUAGACUCCCAGGAUUCAUCCAUAACUGGAAAUAGGUGCAUAUGCAUGAAAACAUCUUCUGUGGUGAGUUCUUCUUCUCAUAGCUUAGCCAAUGUUCACUUUGAUCAUUGUUAUGCAAUUUCUGAAGGUCGUUACCAAGAUUCUCAGAGCUGCUCCGAAGCAAGUAUUAAUAGAAGUCAAAGGAGCAGGCCAAGUAAUUGUUUAAGAUAUGUGUCAAAUAAAUCCUCAUGCCCAACACUUUCUGAUAUGAGAUAUAUGGGAUAUAGAUACCAACUUGCUGGUUUAGAUGAAAAUGAGGCAAACUGUGUUGCAGCUGUGGAAGAGGUUGUUUCUGAAUUAAAAUUUGCCCCGUCUUCUAACUGGAGGGUUGCAUCUGACAGGAUGAAGCAAAGAAAAUGUGUAAUGUUGCCUGCAUCAUCUAUUGCUAAUACAUAUGUGCCCAGUUUUAAUUUCUCCAAUCUACAACAGUCUAGAUCUGGUUCUUGUGCUUUGAUUGGUCAAUCAUUUGUGGCCGUAGAUUCUUCAACAGCUGAUUCUCUUCCAAGUGGCAAUGAGAAAUCAAUAGGACCGUUUCCAUGCGAAAACUAUUUGUAUAUUAAACACCCUGAUUUUGUGAUGAAAUUACCAAUGCGACUUUCAUCUCCGAAAGUAGAAAGAACAUCUGCCCAAGCAAAAGUUCAAAGCAGUGGAUUGAAAGCUUUUGCGGUGACUCCACCGUUAUCUGUUACUUCAAAUCUUACUGGGCUGUCAAAAGCAAACUCUGAUGAGACCGGCCUGAAGAAUGUUUCAUCCCAAGGGGGUGGGGCUAAAUAUUUCAAUGCUCCAAACACGAUAACUUUGAAACCUGUGUCAUUGUCCCUGAAUUUAUGUUCGACAACUACUGAAAAUUCUUUAGCAUCACCAACUACACCGUUUAUCUUGCUGCAAAACACUGAUUUGAAUCAACGUAAUGGGAAUCAAUUGCGCAACAACCUUUCCAAUGUUAAUUCAAUUGCCAACAAAGAAUCGGCCAUAAUUGCUACAAUAACACGUAGGUCAUGCAUCGAUGCUCCAUGUAGCAGUGGAUACCAACAACAGAAUGUGGUGCAAUGUGACGGAAAUCCAGCUUUAUUGAGAAAAUCCGAUCCGGUUUUUAAUGUAUGCCCAAAUCCAAACCUUUCCCCAUAUAGUAACCCGAUUUCAGCCAGGAAGUUCACCAGCAACACGCCUGAUAUGCAUAUAGUGAUUUCUCCAGUCCUCACUAAAGUACAAGUUUCUAGUUCUGGCAGUUAUACAGAUAUGGGUCAUAUACAGACGAAGGGCACACGUGAUGAUGUGUUUCCUAUUGGUAAACAUAAAGCUAGGAGCUCUAUGUUAUCCACAGACCAAUGUCAUGCAAGUACCGCUGUCAAGUUUCAAAAACCGUCUAAUGUUAUGUCCAUGGUAUUCAGCCAAAGAACUCAACUGCCUCUUGUAAAUACUUCUUCAAAAGUUUCAUAUAAAUCAGAUAUGCCAGAAGAGAUUACCCAGAAAAAAAUUUCUUCUGCAAUGUCUGUGGAUGUAACUAGAAAUGAUUGCAAAUCAAUUUUGCAUAAUAGCAUUCUACCCCAAAAUAUUUUGGUUACAGAUGUAGUCUCCUCUGAGAAUCACAACAUUAAGCCACCCGGCUGUAUAACAACACUACCAAAAGAAUUUAAGAAUCCCAACAACUGUUCAUCUCAAAGUAUAUCAUCUUUGGUGGGAAAUUACUCAUCUUUGACAUGUUCUGUAUCAUCUACCAUUGUGAAAUCCAGCAUUUCGGUUGGUGAUGUAGUGAGUUUGCCACCUACUUCAGAAGUUGAUUGUAAAUCAGUUCUUCCAGAAAGUGCACUGGAAAGAAUUGUUUCUACCUUCUCUGUGGAUGCAGAUGGGAAAAAUUGUAAAUCGUUUUUAGAUAAUAACAUCGCAAGUCGAAACAUUGCAGUUACAGGAGUAACCUUCUCUGGAGAAUAUAAAAAAAUGAAAGCAUCCAGACUUAUGACAAAACUGGUUCAAUAUUCAAAGACCCCCAAACGUUCAUCUCAGAAUACUGCAUCUGCGAAGUCUGACAAAAAUGAGAGUAUAGAAUUUCCCAUAAAAUAUUGCACGAAUGUGUCUUCAAAUGUAUCAGCAUUCGCGAAUGUUUCAACUUCUGUUCUCUCCCAUGGUGAUGUUAUGAGCUCGAUGCCUACUUCGAAAAUGAGCUAUGAAUCAGAUGUGACUGAAAAAGUUAUCCCAAAUAGAGUCUUUUCGAAUGUAACCAAGAAUGCUUGUAAUUUGAUUUCACAUAAUACUGUUCCAUACAAAGACGUUUCGGCUACAGGUGUAACCUUCUCUGGGGAAUAUCGAAAAAUGAAAGCGUCUAGAAUUAUGCCAACGUCCGGGCAAGAUUUGAAGAUUUCCAACCAUUCAUCUCAAAGUAUACCAGUUUCCGUAGAAACUUGCUCAUCUCUAUCUUGUUCUAAGUCAAAAUUGAUGGGGGCUAUCACUUCAGUUUUGAGUUGCGAAGUCUCAAAUUGUAACGUUGUGAACUUGGUACCUAUUUCGAAAGGUAUUUGUGAAUCAGAUAUAUUAAAAAGAAACACACAAAAGGAAAUUCAUUCUUAUAUCUCUGAGGAUGUAGCUGGUAAUGAUUUAAAUUUGAUCCCGGGCGUAACUGCUGAAGGAGAUCAUAAAGUAAAAAAAUCCGGGCAUGCAGCAACGUUGGAAGAAGAUUUGAAGACUUCCCGAUUCUCGAUCCAAAAUAAUGUUGCAAUAAAGUCCAGCAGCAGCGAGAGUAUAGCAGUUUCUUGCGAAAACCCCUCAUCUUUGUUUUCUUCUGUGUCGUCAUUCAUAGAUGCCCCCGCUUCUGAUGGAGGUACCAAGUCAUUGAUUGCUGUGAGCUUGAUACCUACUUUGCAAAAUUCCUGCGAAACUUCGCCUGUGAUAGCUUCAACAUACCGGAACACUUGGUAUGUUGAUUUGGGUACUAAUAAAAACUUGUGUGACCCUGAGAAGAAGAAGCAACAAGAUAAUCCCAAGCCUGUUCACUUUAGUGUGAAUUCACCAGACUCUGAGCACAAAAUUUUCAUAUCCUGUGUAAAGUCCCAUCGAGACAAAACUUCAGAACGAAAAAAAAUUCAAAGUUCAUCAAAGAUUUUACUUCGUUCUUACUGUUCACAACCCAAAAUAUCGUUAACCACGAGCAGUGAUUUCCAAGCAAGAAGUUCCGAUCUUGUCAGUACCACGUCUAAGUCUUGCGUAAACACCCAGCCUCUACUGAGCACCUUACCUUUCAUUAAUACUGGAGGUUUAAAAUGUUCAACAAACAAAGUAAUAUCAGCAGAACCACCGCUGAAACAACAUGUUACAGACUCGAGAACAAUCGGAACAAAAUCACUCUCCACGUCCCUUGCUUCGAGGUUAGGCGGGAAUACCACGUCAACAAUUCCAUUUCUAGUCGGUGUGAUUUCGAAACCAAGUGUUGUUCGAGCCGAUGUCACCCGCGAAAGAGAACUGACUCGUCUACGUCAUGUUGUGAAAACAAACCUAUCAAAGUUUAAUGUAAAAUUAUAUCCAUUUAAAACUAAAAGGUCACAUGCAACAGAUAAAUCGAAAAAUCAUACUCGCAGGUUGAGGUUGAGAAUGACCCAAAGAACUGCAAUGAAGCUUAUCAGCAAAGGUUUCUCGGAACGGCAUUCACCUAUUCAAUUGAAAGUUUUAAACAAUGCGUGUUUACCAGGCAAUACAUUGCAAACAACGCUGCAUCGAGCUCUCGGGAGUUUGCAAAAUAAUCAACAUGACAUUUCUUCAAUUCACGCAAAAAUGAGUACGGCUUGUGCCAAACUUUUGAAUUUAGACUCCGCCAAAGAAGUUACUAGCGUCAAUUAUGCACUUGGUGUCUGUAUCAAACCCAUUUUCAACGAGUUACUCACAAAAUUUACUCCCGUUCGUGAAGUGUGUAACAGCAAAAACCUAGACUCGUCCAACUCUAUUUAUACUGCCCAAAGCCUGAAACCUUGCUCUCGUCAAUUGGAAUAUCAUGUAGAAGGAUCAUCGGAAACGUCAACUAGAUGUCUUAAGAGUUAUGCCAAACCGGCUUCGGGUGUCUUGGCGAAAUCUGCAUUUGAUUGUUCUGUUGCGGAUCAAACAGGUUGUUCGUCAAAAGUUGAGUCUUCUAUCGACUUCAGUCCUUCAUCCGUGUCAGUCGACGCUGGUAAAUCCCCCACGAUAGUCAAUGUUCCCGAAGACGUACUCUCGCUGCUUCACAAUUUGGUUGGAAAACCUCAGAUUAAAAAGUCCGCAUCGCCGAUGUCAUCGUCAUCUCGAAAUGCUGCAGAAUCACGAAACAUUUUUGAUGACAUUAUAUCCUCUUUGGGGGACGGCAAUGAUAAAAUUGAUGGUUCUGUUGAAACUAUCCAUUCCGAAAUCAUGCCCGCUCUGGAUGAGGAUGCAAAUCUAGAAUGUGAGCCAAGCGGCAUAACUGAUGAUAAAGCAAGUACCGGAACACUUUGUCUUGAACAAAAUAAAAGCAUUCCAGAAGCUUCAAAGUUGAUAGAUAAGGGACUGUGCUCAUUUGGUUCGCUGCCUAUAAAUUCCAAUGAAGAAUCGGGAUUAUGCGACAAAGAGUUACUGUCUCCGCCCUGUUCCAGUUGGUUCGUUGAAGGCGAAGAUCCUAUGGAUGCAAUGCCAUCUGGCGAUGGCUGCUCUCGAAGAAUAGAAAGACAUCUUGUGAAAAUUGAGCCUGGCAUUCACGUCGACGAAUAUGUGAAGUCGAAAGAUACUAAAAUGAGAGAUGGGCCACUGUCUCAGAUGCUGAUUAGUAUUGAGGAAGAGUCAUUUGCCACUAAAGUUGCAAAUUUGCUCGAUGUGAACCCACCGUCUGAUGCGUCAACGUUGGUGAAAAAACGCUGUCAAUCUGGAGAAUCGUCAACUAUAGAUGGCCCGAUUACGCCAAAAAAGCGGCGCACAACGCCUAAAGUCAUUCAAACCGGAAUCAUUGACUUAACGAUCAGUGACUCGGAGGACUCACAAGCUCAUAUUUCUGCGUAAAGUCGGACAACGCACAACUCUAGGAUUAGUUUUGCAAAACUUGCAAUUUCGUGUCCGCUAGCCCAAGUGUCGUUUCGAACCACUUGCGAUUUGGCACCAUUGCAGUGUGGCUCGUAUAUAAAUCGUCCCGCAAGCCUCGGAAGUCAGUGAUUGAUGAUGAAGAAAAGUCGUUUAUAGAAAAAAAGAAUUUGGGCGAAAAGCUUGGUAGUCUAAGUUGUUUUUGUUCAACGACGAUGCCUUUACUUGUGUACCUGUGCUUUCUCGUUCACGUGGCUUUAUUAUUGACGUUUACUUCCACAAAAAUGUGAAGUCAAAGGAUACUGCAGUCGGAGAUGCUGAUCAGUAUUGAGGAAGAGUCAUUGGACACGAAAUUUGCUUUUGUCAAUCUACCGUAAAAUGCGUCAAAGUGGACGAUGAAAUGCAGGGAAUUCGGGGUAUAAUUUACUGCAAAUGGCCUCAUUACGUCAAAAAAAUCUCGCACAAUGCCUAAAGUCAUUCAAAGCGGAAUUAUUGACUUAACGGUGAGUGAUUCGGAGGAUACCAAACCUCGUACUUCUGCGUAGAAUCGAACAACCUCGAAGCUAUAGGCAGGAUUAGCUUCUCGAAACUCGCGAUUUCGCGUCGGCUAGCUCUAGUGACCUUUCGAACCGCUUGCGAGGACUUCUCGGAAAUCGACAAAUAAUGACGAAGAAGAGUUUAGGAAGGUAUUAGGAAGCAGAAGAUUUCCGGCCACAUUCUUGAUAGCCUUAGUUGUGUGUUUUAACAACGAUACCUUCACUUUUGUUUCUGUACUAUGCCAUUCACGUGAUUUCAUUAACUAAUUUCGUUCCUUGUUUUAAUUAAAAUGUGAUAUAAAACUUGUACGUUUAACAAUGUCAUCGAUUUUAGCAACUAAUACAGAAUAAACAGAUGCAUUUAA